AGUUGAGUAUAGACAUUAUUAUAUGUAGUAUAAACGUAUAAUAUUAUUAUAUUAUAGCAUAUUCUAUGAUUAUAGUGUCGAAUAUCGAUUAUAUUAUAAAGGUAUUAGGGAAAUGAGUAAUCCAUGUUAUUUUACGUAUUCAAGAAAACAGUAUUAUGUAAUAGGUCUUUGUCUUAACUUCUUAUAAUUUUUUAUUUUUUUUUCCUCUUUAGUCUUAUUUAUUGCAUAAUAAAUAAAAAAUAAUAAUAUAACAUAAUUUCAAAUUUGUUAUGUAGCUAAAGAGUAAAGACUAAUGACUAUAGAGGUUACUGGUACAUAUUAUAUGCUGCCUACUAAGUUAAAAGUAAAAUGAUUUAAUUUAUACUUCUUUGUUUGAGUUGAUUGAAACCAUAAAAGUUAAAUAAUUAAUAGUUAUCACUUGAUACAUUUAAAUAUUUAAUCCUAAUCAGUAAAUUUCAACGUUUGAUUUUUAUUUAUUAUAUAUACCUACCAAUACAUAAAUAUAUUAUAGGUAGUUUUUUUAACCAAUUUUUUAUUGAAAACAUAAUAAAUACUAAUAAUUAUUAAUUAAACUUGCCAAUUUCAAACAAUAAUAGUGAUAAUAAUCAACUAUGAAGAGAUUAACAGCUAAAUUAGUAUUCAUGGGAUCUCAGGGUGUUGGUAAAUCAAGUAUAAUCACAAGAUACAUAAAAGGAGAUUUCAAAAAGGAAUGUGAAGCAACAAUUGGUGCUUCAUUUAUGUAUGCUAAAGUUACAUUACGGGACUACCAAAUUACUUUAAAAGUUUGGGAUACAGCUGGACAAGAGCGGUUUCGUAGCUUAGUACCAAUGUAUUACAGGAAUUCAGAUGCAGUCGCUAUUAUUUUUGAUGUAUCAGACAGAGACUCAUUUAAUCAAGUUAAAAAUUGGAUUAAUGAAGUAAGAAAAAAUACAGAUACCCCUGUUGUUUAUUAUGUAGUUGGUAACAAAACUGAUCUUAUAGAUACACGAGUAAUAAUGUAUGAAGAAGCUGAAGAAUUCGCUAAUUCGGUGAAUGCUCGUUAUUGGGAAACUAGUGUUUACUCAAACACAGGUAUUCAAGACUUAUUUACAAAUAUUGGUCGAAACCUUAUAGAAAUAGUAGAAAGUUCAAAACCACCAGUGCAUUUAAAACUUGAAAUUGAUCCAGAAGAAGCUCCUAACAAUGAAAGGAUUAAUAAUUCUAAGAUACAAUGUUGUACCAAUUGAUAAUGUAAUUUAAUAUAUCUAUUAUGCAAUGUAUAUAAUAUGUGUUAUGUAUUUAACAUUAUACUAAAUUAUUAAUUAUUACAGCUAAAUAUAUAAAAAAAAAUUCUUUUAAAAUAA